UUAUUGGUUAGAACGUGUUAGGGCACGUAAAUAAUGAAGGCAUUGGUCAGAAAAGUAAAGGAUUGUGAUUGGUUUGAAAUAAACUAACGCUAACCUGUAGUUAACAACCUAAAAUGUGUAAUUUUUGUUAAAACUUUAAUACAACCCAUUAGCGAAAGAACUUAUAUUUAAAUCGCCAACUAUUUGUCUAUUUAAAUUAAAUUGCUUACUACUAUCAGCUGUAAUAAAUAGUAAAUAGUUACCGACUGUUAUCAAUAGUAUUCGAUAUAAAUAAAUGCGAGGUCAUAAAUAAGUUGGGUCAUAAUAAAUAAUUAAGCAUUUUUCAGGUUAAUUACAAAAUGAACGACUUCGAGAGAGCGGUGCCUAAAUUUAAGAAAACAAAGUCUGCAGCUUUUAAAUGGGGUCAGCAAUAUUACACGGCAUUGAGGGAUGCAGUUUUUCCAGUAAAACAUAAUUUCUAUACUACGCCGGAAAUACCGAGAACGUUGAGAGAAAAUAAUGAUUCUAAUAAAGGACAAUAUGUUUGUUUUCAAUGCGGUGAUAGCUUUCAUUUCCAAAGCAGUCUUGACGAUCAUAAUGCACGGUACAGUUGGAUUCUCGGCUACUGGUGUCGCCACUGCACGAAAUUGCAGUGUACUCAUCAAAAAAAUUCAAAUUCCCAGACGCCCUCUACCGAAACCACGUGUACCAACUGUAAAAACGAAUUGAAAAAAAGAUGCGCGUACUUCAAAGCACGGGGACUGUCCCCAGGCCAGAAUAUCGGUAAAAUUCUUAUUUUCUACAAUCAAUGCCAGUUCUUCGCACAUCUCAAGGAACAUGGAAUCGGGAUGGUUGACAUGUGCGACAUGAUGUUGAUGCCUAUUCCCAUGACUAUUCAAUCUGACGAGUACGCUCAGUUGGACACUGUCUGCAAGACGUUGUUCGAGUGCAUGUUCAUCAAGAGCAUCCACAUAAUGGACUGGUUGCGCCUAGAAAAUAUCAAUUUCAAAUGGUGGACUGCUAAAGAUACUGAUGAUAAUCCCGUUGGAAAAUUAUUGCAGCAGUACGAAAUACACAUCGUCAAGGCCAACAGAUUGACCAAAACAAUCAAAGACGAAGAGUUGCUCGAAAUAAAUAAAUGUAACGAUGAUGAAGAUACUAACGAUACUGAUAAUGAACAUGAUAAGUCAGUAGAAAUACUCGAGAUGAGUGACAAUCAUUGCGAUUUGAAUGAAAUCGAGUUUGUAGAUUGCGCUUCGCUCGAUGAAACAAUCCAGACAAUCGAAGUUCAAACCGCGACAUCUACAGUUACUUCAUUGGCAACUUCUUUGCCUGUUUCUCAAAAGAUUAUAGGAAUGCCAUCAGUGGGAUCUCAACCACUAAAGUCUAAAGAUUUGUUUAAAAUAAUAAACAAACCCUCAGCGAUGAUAGCCAAGAUGUCGGAUAUUAAUAAGAACUCAUUUACGCAGUUGGUUAAUCGUAAUAUUAAAAUAUCAACUUCCAAUUCAUUGCAGUCAACAAACUUAUCUAAUAAUAAUAAUAUUAAUAACAAUAAUAAUAUUAAUAAUAGUAAUAAUAAAGGUCAGCAGAUAGUAAUAAUAAAUCAGAACAAAGACGAUAAAAACAAUGAGGUUAAAACAAACUUGCAAUGUGUUUUAGCCAACUCUAAACAAGAUGGCGGUGCAAGCAAAGUUUUUACUCAGACGGCUGAUGGCCGAUUGGUUUUACAACCCGGAGCUAAAGUUAUACUCAAACAAUUAAUGAAGCCAAUGAAUUCGUUUAAAAAUGACGGGGAAGCAAAACUAAAUAUGCCCAAGUUCAAUAUAGUGAAGAACAAACUGAAAAUAUUACCGGCAAGUUCAAUUUCUAAAACGUUGGUUACUUCGUCGCAUCAGAUAUUGAAAAGUGGAUCGACUUUUACUACUGCCGCGCCCUCUGCUUCGGUUUCAACGGCAGCGGGUUCAGGGGUCGGAACAGGAACAACCAAACAAACAGUUCUUCAGAUUCGUGAUCAUACGGGAUUGAAAACAAUUUCAGUUGCGCCAGAAAAAUGCACCAAGUUGAUACCUAUGGAAGCGCUGCAUAAGUCUAAGGAAGUUUUGCAAAAAGAAAUGGAAAAUUUGCAGAAGAAACAUUUAUUUAUUCCAGGACAGAAUCGCCAAAAGUCUUUGAUUAAUUACCGCAUUCAAACGUCAGCCGCUCAAACAAUCCCAAGUACUCAGAAACCUGUGCAAACUGCCCCGACAACGGCGCCACGGCUUCAAGGUGUUCCAAAAACUAUCCUGACUACUCAAAAACUAGUGACGGGGUUUCCUAAGCCUAUACAAACUUAUCAAAAAGUCCCAGCUGUCCCAAAACUGGUACAAAAUACUCAGAGCCCUGCGCAAAGUAUAAAAACUUAUAUGAAACCUCUGCAGACUUAUCAGAAAUCCAGUAAAAAUGCCCCAAUGACUGCAGACAAGUUGCUGAAGCCUAUCGAGUCUUUACUCAAGCCCACAGAAGCCCAAAAUAGUCAGGACACAUUCAAAAAAAUAAAACUUCCAGAUAAAUCGGAGUUCAAUAAACCAGAAGAUGACGUCCCGAUUUUACUAUCGAUACGCGAUGGCGACACGUGGGUGGAUAGUAAUCAGAUACAAAAAGCAGACGGAAAGGGACCGAAUGUUUUGAAACGAUGCCCGCCGGAAAAGAAACAAACUGUAGUGAGGAAAUAUCGCGAAGCAAUGCUACAAAGUUUUCACCAAUGUCGUAAACGAGUCCACCCACUGAUUGCAGAUAUAAAAAAAACAAACGAGUACUACGCGAAAACAAAUGUAGAUGUGGACAGCGUGAUAGCGGUUAACGAAAUGGCGCUUAGCAAACUGGAAAAAUUUUUGCUCAAUGAUCGCAAUGUGAAAAUGACUGACGACGAUAAAAUAAAUGACGAGUUUCAUUAUCAUACUGUUAAUUGGGAAUUAAAACGCAAUCAAACUGACACCAAAUAUUGUGACCGCUGUGAUUUAAAGCUCCGGCCAAAGUGUUAUCUUAUCGGACUGUCAAAGCCUUCGAAAAAUGAAUCAGAUUACUGUCAGUGUUACAAUUUUAUCUGUCACUUGUGUAAUGCGCGUCAAGGUACAGCCGCGCGUUACAAUAUUCACAUGAGUUUUCAUAGAAAAGAAUCACCGUACAUUUGUCCCGAGUGUUUUAAAUCAUUUUCAUCAAUCCAGGCUUUGGAACUGCACAUUUGGCAGCAAUGUUUCCACAUAAAAACCCAGCAAUCCUGGUCUUGCAAUGUCUGCGAAGUCGAAGGUUUUCUGACAAUCGAACAACUUACCAGUCACUAUUACAAAAUCCACACAAAGAGCGUCGUUUCUUGUAACCCCUGUCGUAAAAUAUUCGAGUCAUUUAGCGAGUACCGAGCGCACAAUGGCGAAGUGCAUCAUAAUCUUUCGAAUUUCGAUACUACUGAUCGAUUAAUAAAAUGUGACUUUGGCGAUUGUCUCACUAAACCUGAGGCGUUUUAUUCCCACGUCGCUGCUCACGUUACUGUUGACCGUAUGACCCAUUACACAUGCCCAUUUUGUACCUUUUCAAUGGGGGAAAUAUCAAUUAAUCGUCACUUAAUCCAAGACCACGUGUUCAGUGUACACUUGGAACGGCUUAAGGAGGUUAUAACCCACGAUAGUCUUAAGAUAUUUUUAAAAAUGAAUUUAGUCAGCCAAGCAUCAGUAUUUAAACCCAUUGUACCUGCGACCACGGAUAUUAAAAUAGUUAAUGCGUUCCCCAUAACCUCGAAAUGUUUUGACCAACAAAUUAACCACAAUGCUCAAUUAAUUGACGACGACAUUGCGAUGACUGAUAGCAGUAACAAUACUGAUACCAGUGAUUCAGUGAUGCCUAUUAAAAUAGUUGAUGUGAGAACAGAGAAAGUUGACGAGCCCGUUAAUGAAAAACUAGACGAGGAAGUCACCGAAAUUCCUCAUUCUUCACUGAAGAUAAUUAAUGUCACAUCAAUUUCUGAUAAAUUGUCUGAUUUUAACAACAGCGAGGACGACAAUAAUGAAAAAGGCAACGAAAUCAGCAGCUCGAUUGAAAAAUUAUCCAAGCUCGGGGUUUCGUUGAUAGAAAUUAAAAAAAAUGAUAAACAAAAAAAACCCGAGGAUGCGGUUACUGUGAGAAACAGUAAUGAAGUAUCGAUAAUUAAUAACUACAGUAAACAGCAGAGGCGCUCAUCUCCCCCGCCAUUGGUCCUGAUUAAUAACGUUAACCUAUUGGAGCUCGAGAAAGAAACUCAGAGUGAAAGAGAACGGGACAGAAAUAAAUACAACGAUGACAUAGAAAUCGAGUGCAUUAAAGACAAUAGAGUUAUACCAACAAAUAGUUUGUUUAAUUUUGAUCAAGUUUCGGUACAGAGAAAACCUUACCGACGUGUGCAAUGCCGUCUAGCAAUGAAUGGACCCAAUUUCAAGAAAGAAAUAAUUCAUUACAAGUGUCAUUUGUGUGAUGAAUUAAUCAACACUUCCUGGUUUGUCGUUAAUGAUCAUUUCCGAGAGUGUCAUUUGUCUGACUACAAAAUAGUGAGCGUGACACCUAAAUUAAGACGAUUAACGGAAACGGAAAUAUUUAAAUAUACUGGGAGAAAACGUAAGUCCGAUUUAAUGAUGACGCCGAGAAAACGCAGACGCGGUAAUUUCGGGAACGGUAAUUUUUACAACAGCUGUAAAAAAAUAUCUUUCGACAAAUUUGAAGGAAACAAUUUGGGGAUUUGCGUUACACAGGAGUCACUGCAAGACACGGAAGGAAAUUUUAAGUGUAAAAAAUGUAACUGUUUGUUUAAAGAUAUUAACGUACUGAGAGAACACGUGGCCAGUAAUCAUCGAAUACGGGGACACUAUUUAGUUUGUCUUGAGUGCGGAGACAAUUUUAUCGUCGCACCGAGUUUGCAGAUGCACUUGAAAGCUUUUCAUGGUAUUGCUGAUCCUAUUAAAUAUUUAGCACAAAAUACAGCUUACGCUCCUGAUGUUCUUGAUGAAAUUGAAGAACAAGACAAAAUAACAGAGUCCAAUCAAUGCUACGUUUGCUACGCGGUCUUCGAAAGCAAACCGGCUGUCGACAAACAUUUGAGGGUUCACGGGAUGGCUUUUCUUAAUAGAAAACGCAUUGAGGCACGAAAUGCUCUAAAAAGCCCGGAGAAGUACAAGUCUAAUGAUAAAUCUCCCAGUAAUGAAAUUAAUGAUGAUAAGAUCAAAAAGAAAGAAGAAAUUAAGAUAGACAAUGAUGAUGGUAAUGCGAAAGUUAGGAUUUUGAGAAAAUUUAUUUAAUUACAAGGAGUAUGUAAGUUUUAUUUUAUGAUUUUCUUUUUUUUAUUGGUAUUAAUUUAUUAUUAUAAUGUAUUGUAUAUAUAUUUUAGUAGCAGUAUAAGUAUUAAUAUUAAGGACUUCUUUUUUUUUUAUUUUGAAAGGAACAAAUAUUUUUAUUGUAUGAUUUGAGGUUAAAAUGAUUGUUUAAAAAAUGUGGAUACGCUUCAGCAUUGCCCUUAAAAAAUAAUAAACAAAUUAACUGACUGAAAUUUCAACUGUAUUUAUAUUUUCUCAAUAGUAUUAAUGAAAAAUUAAAGUGUCAAUUUAAAUAGUAUAGUGCACACCCAGGAAGGAAAGUAGGGGAUUGUCUACUCGAGCUGAAGGUGUGGGUAUCAAGUACGCAGAUUGGGAUUUUCUAUAAUCCGAUUAGCAAGAGAUAGAGGUUCGGAUAUCUUUGUUUCUAUGCAAAAUAAUUAAAUCCUGUGUUGAGUAUGGGAACAAGAAUCUCAAUCUCUCGCUAAUCGGACUAUACCUUCUCAGGUGGUGUGCAUAAUUUGUUUCGGCCAAUUAAAGUUUUAAUUUUUGUUUUUGUUUGUGGAACAGUUGGCAUACAUGUGAAUUUAUUUCAUUUGUUUUCCCUAAUAGGCGAUUAUACAAAGUUUGUAAAAUAGAUUCCGGCUGGCGGGAAAAAUUAAAUAGCCAAAUGCACAUCGAAAAACUAUAGCAUUGGUUACAUUAUAAAAACAAUAUUUCAGUAAUUUAUUUAUCUAUAAUUUAAAUUAGCUUUUUAAAUUAUGCUAGCUUUACACGCAGAGAAAUUUUUAGUAAAAAAUACCCAAAAAGUUUGAUACUGUGAGGACAUGUAAAUAUCUAAAUUUUUCCCAGUCACAUUGUAAAAUAUACGGUGCCGCGAAUGGUUACUCUUGGAAAAAAUAACCUUGACAAAAUAAGCUUGUAAUAAAAUAACCUGAAAAAAAUAACUUUGUUAUAAAAUAACCAGAAAAUCAAUGAAAAAAUUCACAUAAAUCUAUAACGAUGGAAUUUGUACUUAAACGUUAAUGUUGUGCAGAUUAUUUACUAGCACAGUUAUUUUUAUUCAGGUUAUUUUGUUACAAGCUUAUUUUGUUCAAGGUUAUUUUGUCGGGGUUACUUUAUCCGAGGGUAAUUUGUUACGAAACCAAAUAUACUACUCUAUAGCAUGUAAAUGAAGUGCAAUUUCUAUUAACAACACAGUAAAAAUUUAGUUACUGGCUCGAUGUCCUUACAGUAUCAAACUUUAUGAGUAAUUUUUACUCAAAAAUCCUCUGCGUGUACAAAAACUGUUAAAAUGAUUGUAGCUGUUAUCAAAAUUGGCAUUUGCUUAUUUUAUUUUUUCCGUUGAAUUAUUUUUAAAAUAGUCUAGUUGACAGAAAAAUUUGAGUCACGUUUAUUUUUUUUUUUUAAUUAACUUGCAAUGUUUUUAGGGAAAGAGAUUGGGUUUUAUCAAUUAAUAGCACACUGAUUAUUAUAAAAAUAUAUAUAUUGUUAAUUUAUUGAAGUCCAAUUCUUACACGUCUUCACUUAGCGGCUAUUUGACGAAUAAUUCAUUGCUCAUACUUAGCAUACCCUGUGCACUCCAGCGACAUCUACUCCAGUACAUAACAUAACUCUUUAAUGUUUUUUUAAACUCCGUGUAAAAAAAAAUUCGUUCCAAAAUCUUUCCUGACAGUGAACUUCCAAAAUUGAGCCAAUUCUGAACUUUGAGUUGAACAUUUUUGAAACUUUAUAAUAAUUACGUGUAAAAAAUUUUCAACUAGUGUGGACUUUUCUUACGGAAUUUUUUAAAAAUUUUUAAGCAAAAUUGAUUUGAACUGACAAUCUUGUGAGUUCAUAAUAUCCUGAUUAAGAAAAAUGAUUUAAUCUAUGCUAAGUGUAUAUCUAUAUACCACCCAAUUCAAUUUGUUUUAAAUCAUUUCAUAGUAUAUUACAUACCUAGGCCAGUAAUAAAGAAAGCCUCAGACCACAUGUUUGUCAGCCUCGGCCAACAAUUACAUGUGUUCUGAGACUUUUUUUAUUUUACUGGCGUAGGUAUGUAAUAUACUAUUUCUUAAUCAGGGUAAGUUCAUAUUUAGUUUCAACCACUCAUUUUUUGACUGUUUUCGAACAAGACAAAAAGUUAAAAAAAACGUGACUUUCCCAAAAAGUUCUGAUAAAAGUCAAAAAAUUUUCAUAAAUGUUUUCAAAUCAUUUUUAUUUUUUUUACCUCAUACCUGAAUAAUUCUGAUAAAAGUCGUGAGUGUUCAUAAUUUCUAAUUAAUUCCAUUCUUUAUUAAUUUUCUAACCCAAAAAAUUGUCAAAUCAAAUUCUUUUGUUCAAAAAAAAAAAAAAAAAGCGGGAAAAGUCUUCACUAGUAGAAAAUUGUUCACUUUCUAAUUUCUAAAGUUCCAAAAAUGUUCAACUUAUAGCUCAGAAUCAUCUCAAUUUCGGAAAUUCGUCAUGAACAUUUUUGGAACAAACUUUUUUUACGCGGGUCUGUUGACAAAAUAUCAAUACAGUUGCAAAAUUUAGUCAUUGAAUUUUUAUUAAGAUACAGGCGGCACCUGAGACUGCUCUCAAUGAUUUUGAGUCAUAAAAAGUUGGAAAUUUUUUUAAGGAGUUGUUUUAUCAACUGAUUCAUUAAAUAGGUCGUAUUAAUUCUUUGGUUAUGAAUAUUUAAGAGGUAGACUUGAUAUGAAUAUACAUUGUUAUGAAUAUAUUCAUAUGAAUGUCUAAAUAAUGAUUUUUAUGAUUUUCUUGGCAAUAUUGUCAGCUUUUCGAUAAAUUAUUCAAAGGCUUUUUUUUAAUGUUUUGAAUUUAUACGACAAUGAUUCAAGAAAAUAUUAUUUUUUUUUAUGGCAUUGUAAAUAGAGGCGAUCGUUUUUAAGAAACAAUUGACAGGGUUUCUAACAAAUAGAAAACUUAACCCAUCAAAAUAUUUUAUUUCUGGCUGUAGGAUAAAAAUACAGCAAUAAUGAAUAAAAGAAAUUUUUUAGAAAAUUUAAUUUUCUAUAAAAAAGGUCGCAGUAAAUUCUUCUGUAAAUUUAAUAGUUUAAUCAUAAUUUUGAAUUCAAAGAAGUAUCGAAAUUUUUCAAUUGAAUUUUUGCUUUAAAUUAAAAUUUUAGACAUACAACUCGAAAUUUUAAUUUUCGCGUAAAUUUAAUAAAUUAAUCAUUAAUUUGAUAAAAACUUAAUGAAGUUUUUUAUCUAAGAUAAGAGACCCAGUACCUGAUCAAGGAACUAGUUCCCUGAUUGAGUCAUGGUUCCCUGACUGGGUACUAGUUCCCUGACUGGGUACUAGUUCCCUGAUUGGGUACACGGAGAAAAAUGUUGGCUCAAAACCUACCAAUUUUUAUUAUGCUGUCGACCAGAUUUGAAACAGAAAAUGAAGCAUCCAAAAAUUUAUUAUGCUCUUAUGAAAAAUUAUUAUGCCGCAUCACAAUUAUUAUAAUGUAUGGAAGAAAUUGUUAUUAAAACUUAUCGAUAAGUCUCUCGCGCGUAGUAAGUAUUAUGAUACAGCAUAAUAAUUUUUCGUAUGAGCAUAAUAAUUUUUUGAAUGCUUUACUUCCUGUUUCAAGUUUGGUCGACAACAUAACAAAAAUUGUUAGGUUUCGAGCCAACAUUUUUCUCCAUGUACUAGGUCUUUUAAUCAUCAUCAUAACUUUGAAUGAAAAUUUUGACUAAAUUAUUAAAGAUGCAAAAAUAACAAUGAGAAAUUUUGUAGGAAAAAGAAUUUAAUGAUCUGCUUUGUCGAAAACUCACUAGUUUUAAUACUAGUGAUGAAACUGUGUCCAAAAUUAUAAAUAAUUAACCCUGAGUAUGUAUACUGGGUCUUUAGAGGAACAUUUUUAUUAUUCUUCAGUUUUUGUUAACAAAAAUUUUAAACUUUUGAUUUUGGUAACUUCUGGACCAUGUAUCAAAUACUUAAAUGUAGUCCAGAAUUUUUUUAAAAAAACUUUGAUAUCUUUUUGAUGCCGUAAGAUGGCCGGUAGAGUUUGCGACACCAGAUAGCGGACAAUAUUCAUUACAUAAAAUAUUGUUUUUUUUUUGACUAAUUUUUUUUUCUAAAAGACCCAGUGCACAUACCGAGUCUCGAAAAAUACAAAGUACACGCAGGGUUAAAUCUGUACUUAUAAAAUAACCUAAAAAUAUUUUCAUUGUUUUUCGUAUCCUUAAAAAAAAUUUCCAAGUCUUCAUGGCUACAUUCGACUAAAAAUUCAAAUUUAAGUGAUAGUUAUAAAUUUACGAUUCAAUUAAUAAAUACUGUGGUGGUUUUCGUAGUUAUUUUUCAAAGAAAAUACUUUCAGAAACUAACAAUGAAAAUAU